AUGCUUACCAGACAAUCCCUCGUGGCCCUACUUGGGGGUCUAUCUCUCGCCGCCGCUCAGACAUCCUCCGAGCAGAACCCCUCAUUAGAGGAGAUCCAGGCGGCCCAGGCUACCGUUCUGCCUCAUUCUCCCGUCUCUAAUGUCAAGGGCCUUGCCUUCAACCGUUUUGUGAAUAUCUGGUUGGAAAACACGGACUAUGAGUCUGCUGCAAAUGAUCCUCAUCUUUCCAAGCUGGCCGAGAAGGGUCUCCUUCUCACUAACUACUGGGCAAUCACACAUCCUUCGGAGCCCAACUACUGCGCUUCUGCUGGAGGUGAUACCUUCGGUAUGGAUAAUGAUAACUUCAACCAAGUUCCUGCCAAUGUGUCCACCAUUGCCGAUAUGUUCGACGUGAAAAACAUCGCCUGGGGCGAGUACCAGGAGCACUUGCCUUAUCCCGGUUACCAGGGCAAAAACUACUCUAACCAAGAAACGGGCGCCAAUGACUACGUCCGGAAACAUAAUCCCAUGGUCUUCUACGACUCUGUUACCAAGGAUGCUACCCGUCUGCGCCAGAUUAAGAAUUUCACCACUUUCUAUGAUGAUUUGAAGCACGAGCGUUUACCUCAAUACAGCUUUAUCACCCCGAACAUGACCAACGACGCCCAUGACACCAACAUUACCUUUGCUGGCUCUUGGACCUGGCGUUUCCUCUCCGAGCUUCUGGAGGAUGAGUACUUCACCAAGGACACCCUCAUUCUCUUGACCUUCGACGAGAAUGAUACCUAUGAGAUUGGAAACAAGAUCUACAGCUUCUUCGUUGGAGGUGCUGUUCCAGAGAACCUUCGGGGCAAACAGGACGACACUUUCUACACCCACUACUCCAUCAUUGCCUCUCUUUCGGCCAACUGGGGCCUUCCCUCGCUGGGUCGUUGGGAUUGUGGAGCUAACCUGCUCAGCUGGCUGGCCGAGAAGACCGGCUACGUCAACUGGGAGGUUGAAACCGGCAAUUUAUUCCAGAACGAGACCCACCCAGGUCCGCUGUCUGCUGGAGAAUACAACACUUUCUCUCCGGAGUGGCCUGUUCCAUUGACCAAGGGGAGCUGCUCUGCUGGCCAUGGCAUUCUGCCCGUCGUCCAGCAAACGUGGAAGAACCUUACCGCCACCUUUAACUACACCAGCCCUAUCCCGUAUGACUCUGUCAGUGGGAACAACGUCGGUGUCAAGUAUAGCAGGACCUUGAAGAACGGAAAGACCGAGUCUGGUACUACUGAGUAG